CCCGAGCCCGACCCGUAUAUAAAAGAGCGAGCUACAAUACACUUCUUCUCAAAUCAAUCAAAAAACCCUAUCUCCCUUUUCAAUUUCCAGCUCCUCCCCCUUCCCAAUAUCCCGCAGUCGAAGCUCACAACUCUCAAACUGUUGUUCAAUUUCUGUAUUUUUUUCAUUUAUCUGUAUUACUGAUUUGAUUCAUUUAUCUCCGUGUAUGUAAAAUAAAGAUCAGAUUUAGUCCUUUAGAUUGUCGUUAUUCAUGAAAUAUACAUGAAAUUAGCUGUAAUAAGUGAUAGAUUCUUUAGUUUUUAUUUGCAUUUUUCCAAUUCUGAUUGUAACCCAUGUAAAAUAGUCCGAAUUUAGGGUUAGGUUUUUCUGUUUUUUUUUUUUUUUGGGAAAUUGAUAAAGUGAUGGAGAUGGAGGGUUCUCGUAGACCAUUUGAUAGAUCAAGAUUAGAGCCAGGACCUAAGAAACCAAGAUUAACCGAAGCUGGAACCGACCGGAGCAGCUCAAAUGGGUCGAGCUUCAUUUCUCAACGGGCUGCUGCUUCUAAUUCGAGGAGCAGUGAUGCGAUUCGCGGGCCUUUUCAACAGCAGCAACAGCAUCAGGAGCUAGUGAGCCAGUAUAAGACUGCUUUAGCUGAAUUGACAUUCAAUUCGAAGCCCAUUAUUACGAAUUUGACCAUUAUUGCUGGUGAGAAUUUGCAGUCUGCUAAGGCGAUCGCUGCUACUAUCUGCAACAACAUUAUUGAGGUUCCUACUGAGCAAAAGCUGCCAUCUCUAUACCUUUUGGACAGUAUUGUGAAGAACAUCGGGCGGGAUUAUAUUAAGUAUUUUGCCGGCAAGCUACCUGAGGUCUUCUGCAAAGCUUAUAGACAGGUUGAACCUUCGGUACAUCCUGGGAUGCGGCAUCUUUUUGGAACUUGGAAAGGAGUAUUCCCCCCUCAACAACUCCAAUUAAUUGAGAAGGAGCUCGGAUUUACAACUGGUGUCAAUGGCUCUUCAUCAGGGACAUCUAGGCCCGAUCCCCAGGCUCAACGACCUGCACAUAGCAUUCAUGUAAAUCCCAAAUAUCUGGAGGCAAGGCAACGCCUACAGCAAUCAACCAGGACAAAAGGAGCAGUUAGUGACAUCAGCAGCACUCUUAACGUAAACGAGAACGUAGAGAGACCGGAGAUAACAACCAGUGUUAGUUCUGGAAGAUCAUGGAUUGAUCCUUCUAUUAAGCGUGCUCAGAAAGAAAAGUUGAACGAGCAUGUUCCUGAGAAAACUAUCAGUGCAGCAUAUGGAGAUUCGGAUUAUGGUUCUGAUCUGUCGAGGCGUCCUGCCUUUGGAGUAGGAAGAGGAGGUGAGAGAUUUAAGGAACAGGGGAUCGAUAAACCUUGGUAUGAUUCUGGGACUGGUAAAAUAUUGAGCCAAAGAAGCGGCUUGGACAUUAAGCAUGGGUUCCAAAGUAUAUCCCAAAAAUCUGCAACCUCUGAUGCACAUCCACAACUGAUACAGUCCUUGCCAAAUAGAACCAGUACUUUGACUGAUAGGAGCUGGAAGAAUUCUGAGGAAGAGGAGUACAUGUGGGAUGAUGUAAACAGUGCAGCUAAAGACCGGUGGGCAUCUGAGGAUUCAGAUAAAUCUGACCUAGAAAAUCAACUGAGGAGACCGCAAAGCAUAAGGGAGGUCGGAUUAAGGGCUGAUAGUGAAGCCUCGGCUGAUUCUCUUUCUGGUGAUGAGCGAGGCCAAACAUCUUUCGGGAAUCAAAUGUCAGCAAUGUGGUCAAGGGAUUCACAUGCUUUAGAUGGAGCUAGGCAUUCAGCUUCUCUUCGAAGUGCUCCAGUUCAAGAAGGAUAUCCAACUUCUUUCAGUUCGUUGUCAAAAACUGCAAAUUCAAUAGGUCGGACAUCUUUCAAGUCACAGACAGGUUCAGUCCAUGUUGGAGCGCCAAACUUUGUGCCGAUGAAUGCAACUUUGGAGUCCAGGGGAUCCAUAGUGCAACAGCAGCGAGAAACUCUCAGAGCUGCCUCUCCCUCUGCUCACUCACCAAUGUAUCAGCAUCCUCCAUCCCCAUCAGUCAUAACAAGCAACGCUAAUCAAAUAGCUAACAGUCUCGGUGAGCAGUACCAGCCGCAGACCACUUCUCGUUCUGAUCCAAGAAUAUCCCAAUUCUCAAGGAGAUCAAAUCUUGAUCCUCGUAACCAGUUUUCCCAGGAAUCUGUGGCAGUGCCAUCACGGAAUGCCGUUUCAGGUAAUUCACAAAGACAACAGCCUCCAAAUUUGCAGAAUGCUUCUACCUUGGCCUCCUCUCUUCAGUUGCGGCAUGAUGUUCAGCAGGAAAGCCUGGAACCUGAAUAUUCUGGUCAAACCCAGAAUUCAGCACUUCCUCAGAUUUCAGGUUUUCCUAAUCCCUCUAGCACUAGCAGUUUGUUGGCUGCUGUUUUGAAGAGUGGAAUCAUUGGUAGUAAAUCAAGUUCAGGUACGACACCGAGUUCUCUUGAUAAGGGUGCUCUGUCAUCCCAAGCCAGUGCACAGCCUCCUUUACCAAGUGGUCUUCCUCCUGCCCAGUUUUCCCCACCUGGGCCCAGGAUUCCAGCGGCCUCUAUCUCUAGUCUAUCGCUGGACAAAAAUGCUUCAAACACUCCAAAUUAUAACCCCCAAAGAAAUGUAGAACCGCCACCAUUGCCACCUGGGCCACCUCCAACUCUUGUAGAGGGUGCAUCACUGCAGCCUUUGAAUGCAGCAAAAUCUGCUUCUAGUCCCCUGUCAAGCAUUUUGAGCACAUUGGUAGCGAAGGGGUUGAUAUCUGCAUCAAAGAAGGAGUCCCCUACUUAUACUCCUUCGGAUACACCUCCUCAAACGCAGAACCAUAUUCCACCAGCAAGCUCCAUGUCAACUCCUGCUUUAUCUGCUCCAAUAUCCUCAUCCAUUCCUUUCUCGGCUCCGGAGGCCGAGAUUACUCUCUCAAAACCUGCUGCUAAAACCCCUGAUGCCUUACUUCGGUCCACCAAAGAAGAGGCAAAAAGUCUCAUUGGGCUUGCGUUUAAGCCAGAUGUGAUUCGGAAGUCCCAUCCUGAUGUGAUCAGUGAACUUCUUGAUGACGUUCCGCAUCAGUGUGGCAUAUGCGGUUUUGGACUUAAACUCCAAGAGCAACUUGAUAGACACUUGGAGUGGCACGCAUUGAGAAAUCCAGAUGUCAAACUGUUGAAUAAUUCAAGAAAGUGGUAUUUAAAUUCUGGAGAAUGGAUUGCUGGAUUUGGUGGCCUCCCUUGUGGUGAUAAAUCUAAAGGGACAACUGGAGGUUCUAAUGAAACAGCAGAAUGUACCGAAGCCAUGGUUCCUGCAGAUGAAAGUCAAUGUGUAUGCGUUUUGUGUGGUGAGCUUUUUGAAGACUUCUACAAUGAAGAAAGUGACAAAUGGUUGUUCAAAGGUGCUGUUUACAUGAGUAUUCCAGGUGAAAGUGGUACUCAGGGUCCGAUAGUCCACAAGAACUGUAUUUCAGAAAGUUCUUGUCAAGAGUUGGGACUUGCCUAGGAUAUUAAAUUGGAAUUGGAUGCUUGAUGUUUGUUCUAUUAAUCAAAGAUAUCCAGGUUCAUUUUGAAUUACUUGUAAUGGUUAUACCUCUUCUUGUUAAGCCUCUUCUAUGCUUUCCUUUGAAAUGGUGAAAUGAAAAAUUCUAGAUGCUAGAACAGUUUUCGCAUCACAUAUUCCACAAUUGGUUUACAUUUUCUGUUCUCUUACAUCGUCAUCAGUGAGUGAGUUUCAGUUUCAGCUACUGAUGCUAUUGAACAAAAAUCAUCCAGCUGCAUUUCUGUUCAAGAGCAAACUCAAACUUGCUAAAGCAAGCUACCGAGUGUAUCACUUUGUUAUCUUAAGGCUUUAUUUUGGUUAUGGCUCAAGUGCAUUAAAGCAUUAGAAUUUGUUACUGAUUACCUAGCCUCCGUAGCCUUGUCCCUUUUUCAGUUGUCAGAUACUUGGCUAAAAUUGCAACCAUUGUUGGUCUUAGAUGAUGGAUAUUUCCAGAUCUGAUAGAAGGUUUUGGUUUAUCGGUAUGUAAGUUCAUUGUACCUGUGUUUUACAAGUCCUUUUUUUUGUCUCGUCUAAGAAAAUAGGUGGUUCUUGAAGCUGUGAACCGUCUCUGUUUACGCUUAUUGCUACUCAAACCGAUGAGGAUCUUUACUGACACAAUCUCUGUGGUGUUGUUAAACACCACAAUCCUCAUUUUACUUGCUUAUACUGCAUAUUAGAUAGUGUAGCGAGCGAUUGUUUUCUACCAUCGGCGUUCAGGCUGCCAAUUGCUUGUAGCAGUAUUUUCCUUUUUCCUUAAAUGUUGUUGAGUCAUUUGCCAUUA